ACACACACACACACAACACAACGAGGAGUACCAUUCUGUCCUCAGUGAGCCCACCAAGUCUCUUCUCUUCAGAUCAGACAUAGAGAUCAGGACAUAUCUCCUUCGGGAAAUCUUUGAUGCUAUUUGGAACACUUGGACCAGAUUCUUCUUCAGACUGGACUCGACAUCCAGACGCAGUCUAGAGUUUGGGACUACAGAUACAUGCUCUGUUCUGUUGGAUUGGAAUUGGACCUGAUUUCUUUCUCAGACGUACAGUAUCUAUGGUCUGGAGUGGACAUAUACACUUCUGUCCUCUUGGAUUCUAUUGGAAUUGCAGACUCCCUCUUUAGGAGAAAGAGUAUUUAUUGGAUUCUGCUCUAACCCACUAGACUAGAAUCUUCCAAGAAGACUUACUCCCCUUGUGUUUUUGGAUUCUGUUGGAGAAGAUAUACUUCUUGGACUGUCUCUAACCAUAUUAUCCGGCUCUGAAUGCUGAAGCUAGUCGCUGACUCCAGGAAGGGAGGAGGUGGAGGAGGGAUUGGAGGGUGUGAGAUGCUCCCCUCACGCCCAAGUCUGUCUGUCUCCCUGCGGGUGAUUAUAUAUGGGACGUGUGCCUUGGCACUGGUCAACACUGUGGCUCUCCUGGUGCUCCUGGUGCAACAGAACCAGCUGUGGAGCCGUGUGGAGCUCACCGAGGCCAGGCUGGAGGAGGUGGAACAGAGCUCCGUGGUGGAGUUCCUCCAGGAGGUGCCCCGAGGAGGUGUAACAGCAGGAGGCGCAGGGAGGCUGGCGGAGCUAAGAGGAGGCCCAGGGUGGCUGGCAGGGCUGCGUGGAGGAGGUGCAGGAGGAGGUGAACGGGGUCUGGGGAAAGAGCAGAGGGAGCAGGGGGAGUACCAGUACUCCCGUAACAAGAGGAGUCGUGAGCUGGAGAGGGAGAUACGACAGGAGUUAAAGGAGGAGCUGAGGCUAGAGCUGAGGGAGCUGAACCAUCAGGAGAGACUGGAACUCCUGCAGGAGGUGACCCAGGGGCUACAUCAGGGGCAGGAGGUGACCCAGGGGCUACAUCAGGGGCAGGAGGUGACUCAGGGGCUACAUCAGGGGCAGGAGGUGACCCAGGGGCUACAUCAGGGGCAGGAGGUGACCCAGGGGCUACAUCAGGGGCAGGAAAUGGGGCGAGGUGGGCUGGACACAGGAGAGGAGGUACACCACAGGUUGAGGGAAAAGAUGGACAAGGAGAUAGACAAGAAGAUGGACAAGGAGAUGGACAAGGAGAUAGACAAGGAGAUGGGGAAGGAGAUGGGGAAGGAGAUGGGGAAGAAGAUGAGACAUGAGCUGAACCACAAACACAGGAAGACAAAGGGCUUCCAGAAGACUGAGAUACAGGACGACAUGAUGAUGAUGAUGACCUAUUCUAUGGUGCCGGUCAAAGUGUUGUUGGAUAUCUGUAACAGCACCAAGGGAGUCUGCAUAGCUGGACCACCUGGACCUCCUGGACCCCCUGGGCUACCUGGCCUGCAUGGUCUGCCUGGGCACAAUGGCACUGAUGGCAUCCCAGGACUAGAUGGACUGCCUGGGGCUGAUGGAAAACGAGGGAAGAGAGGUGAGAAAGGUGAGCCAGGGGAGAAAGGAGACAGAGGAGACCCUGGACCCGCAGGAGAAAAUACACAAUCGUCCAACGAUGUCAUCUUGGAGGGCCCCCCAGGUCCGGCUGGUCCUCCUGGUACUCCAGGCCCCAUUGGCCCUCCUGGACCUCCUGGCCCACAAGGACCCCAGGGGCCCCCCAGAAACAGGAGUCACCGGGCCAAUCUUCCCAUCCACGCUGCCCAGACCCUGGAUCCAUCACAUGCUGUACCAAACGAUGGGACUCUGUCUGCCAAAGAGGCUGGGAAGUUACAAGAGAUACCACUAAAUAAGAAAAAUGAGUGCAUCAUCAAGUCACUGAUCAACCCCCGUAACAUAUCUAAGAUGGAGAGUACGUUCGGAACGUGGAUGGAAGACACGGCUGUGCUGAACGACAAACGCAUCUGGGUGGCCGAACAUUUCUCUGGUCGCACGGUGAAGGAGUAUAAGAGCAUCGCCUCAUUCCAGAAUGCCACCAGUGAGGUCAUUGAUGGCAGGAAGUUCUACCAGGGGUGUGGCCAUGCCGUUCAUAACGGAUCCUUCUACUAUCACAUCGCUGGAACCACCAACCUGGCCAGGUUCGACCUGCAGUCCAAGCGUCUCCACACCCUGGCCAUCGACAAUGCUCUGUACCACAACCUGUCCUACCUUCUCUACAACUCCAAGACCUACUUCAAGCUGGCGGCGGAUGAGAACGGCCUGUGGCUCAUCUUUGCCUCCAGUCUGGACGACAGCAUUAUGGUGGCCCAGCUGGACCUGAAGAGCUUCUCUGUCACAUCGUACAUCAACACCACCUACCCCAGGACCAAGGCCGGCAACGCCUUCGUGGCCUGUGGCGUACUCUACGUCACCGACACCAAGGACACCCGUGUGACCUUCGCCUUCGACCUCCUGAAGGGGAAACCGGUCAACGUGACCUUUGAACUGAGGUCCCCUGGCGGGGUGCUGGCCAUGCUGUCCUAUAGCCCCAAUAACAGACACCUGUAUGUGUGGGAUCAGAGCUACGUGAAGCUGUAUGUGGUGCACUUCAUCUCUGAUGACUGAGACAGUGUUUUGACAGUAUUCUGAGGGUGUUUUGACAGUAUUCAGAUGGUAUUUUAAUGGUAUUCUGAUUAAAGAUGGCCAGCUUUUUAAAUUGCUUAAUUAAAGAUGAACAGCAAUCGUGAAUAUUAUGGCUAUUUUUUAUUUAUAAUAUGUACGUGUUGUCUUUAGUUUUAUGCCAUCUCAACAAGGACUCUUUUCCAAUGGCCUUUUGGGACUGCUGGCUGGGAUAAAAAACCUUUAUGUGAGUGCUGUUCAAAUAUUUGUUUCAAUUGGAUUACAGCUUCCAAAGAUGCACAUACUGUACCUUUUCCAAUGUAGAGUUGAACUGAAUAAGGGCUUAUCAGAGUAGGAAGUAGAUCAUUAUAAUAGAAUUGUUAUAGUCUAUAUUGUAUUGUGGCGAUGGUUUAAACAGUAAAAUAAUUGCUGUACUGUUUUCCAUGUUUUUCCAUUUGAGAUCGUGGAAUUCUCUUUUUGUAAGGAUACUUAUUAACCACUUGACUUGUUAUAUUGUUUUUAUGUCUCUCACUUGUAUAUUAUAUUUAUUUGGUAAAUGUAACUCUUUAAGGUCUACCCUGAAAACAUGGCUUUUUGUGGAGAUAAUACUAUUUAUAGCUGUAAAGUCCUUACUAGACUUUCCCUGUGACUGCAUGACAAAAUAUGUAUCAGAAAUGUGUUUCCAUAUUUACUUGGAUCCUACCAUGACCAGCAUCCCUUGGAGAGCAAAAUGUUUUAAAAAGACCUAUAUUGGAAAUCUGUACAUAUGUUUAUUCCCGACAAUGAUAUUUGCUGCUGCGUGGUCUCUACUGAUUAUCAUGUCUAGAGAGAGAAAUACAGAAACCUGAUGAAAUAAAAAUGAUUUAUUCAACUUACAAAGGUAGAACUUUGACCACGGUAGGACAGCCUGCUCUAUAUUCCUGUCUCUCUCUGGACUCUCUCUAGUCAUAGCCUCCCCAUACUGAGCUUUAGAUAGAUAUAUACUGUAGAUACCUGAACAACACUUUACUUAAAGCACCUUUUUAUGAAGUGUUAAUAUCUUAUAUAGACAUGAAUAUCCCUUAUAGAUGUUAUAGAGCAUUAUGAAGUGUUAAUAUCUUAUAUAGAUAUGAAUAUCCCUUAUAGAUGUUAUAGAGCAUUAUGAAGUGUUAAUAUCUUAUAUAGAUAUGAAUAUCCCUUAUAGAUGUUAUAGAGCAUUAUGAAGUGUUAAUAUCUUAUAUAGACAUGAAUAUCCCUUAUAGAUGUUAUAGAGCAUUAUGAAGUGUUAAUAUCUUAUAUAGACAUGAAUAUCCCUUAUAGAUGUUAUAGAGCAUUAUGAAGUGUUAAUAUCUUAUAUAGACAUGAAUAUCCCUUAUAGAUGUUAUAGAGCAUUAUGAAGCAUGUACCAUAAAGCAAAACAAGGCUCGGUACCUUUUUGUAAGGUGCCUAGCGUGUUAUUGCUUCACUGUGAUGUUUUUAAUGAUCCUCUAUGACUGCAUCUAUAAGGUGACCUAUGAAUGUUUAUAAGGCAUUAUAAGGCUUCAUAAGUACUAACAUUACACAGGACAGACGAAAGAAGGUAGAAUAUGUAAACAGAUGUCAGAGAUCAGACGUGGUACCCAGAUGGAGGGAAGGAAACACAAAUCUGUUUAAUAAUAAUACGUAUAGUAAUAAAAACAAUACAAACAUUUAACAAAAGAUACAACUAAUCCAGCCGGUAUGAUACAAAACAAAAAAUUAAGUAAAACGCUUUCAUGUUUGUACAAGCUGCUGUGGUAUUUCAUAUAUUUAUAUAUUAAAACUAUUUAACUUUUUACUACUAGGCCAAAUACAGCCAGACAUUCAUUUGUAUAUAACAGUAGGUAAUUUGUUCUUCACAUAGCCUAUUCGUUUUCAAAUAAACUUUUAGUGUCCCCAGAUUUGAGUGCAAAUAUCUAUUCAAUAAGGUUUGUAAAAACAAUACAGUACAGUAGUAUCACCAAACACAAACCUAUGCCAUGUUGCACUAUGUCCCAGUAAAAUACAGUAUUAACCCCUUACAUUCCUAACGUAAAAGGCAAAAAGUCCAACACAAAUAACAACAGCCUGCAAAGAAACAACCAACCAACCCACCAACCAAAAGCAAAUAGGUAAAUAGUUCAACAACAAAAAAGAAAAUGUUUGUGCAAAAACAGACCCAUACAGAACAUAACAGACCCAUACAGAACAUAACAGACCCAUACAGAACAUAACAGAACAUAACAGACCCAUACAGAACAUAACAGAACAUAACAGACCCAUACAGAACAUAACAGACCCAUACAGAACAUAACAGACCCAUUCAGAACAUAAGACCCAUACAGAACAUAACAGACCCAUACAGAACAUAACAGACGCAUACAGAACAUAACAGACGCAUACAGAACAUAACAGACGCAUACAGAACAUAACAGACGCAUACAGAACAUAACAGACGCAUACAGAACAUAACAGACCCAUACAGAACAUAACAGACCCAUACAGAACAUAACAGACCCAUACAGAACAUAACAGACGCAUACAGAACAUAACAGACCCAUACAGAACAUAACAGAACAUAACAGACCCAUACAGAACAUAACAGACCCAUACAGAACAUAACAGACCCAUACAGAACAUAACAGACCACAUGUGUUUCUUUCUUCUCGGGGGGGGGGGUAUUCAGUGGAA